AAUACUUGAAUACCAUCGAUCCAUACCCUUCCGCACCGCGUUCGGGUAAUAAUAGGGAAAGGCUUCGUUUAGGCACUAGUUCGAUACCUAAUACUCCUACACUCGCUCACUUAAUCCACCCCAAAGAACCACCCAAUCACUCACAAUGAAGACCUUCGCCUCUGUCCUCGUCGCCAGCUUCGCUGCCCUUGCCCAGGCAGUUAAGCUUACCAACAGCAACUACGAUGUUGCGGCCGGCCAGCCCUUCACCAUCACCUGGUCUGACGCUCAAGGUCCUGUCACUCUCACUCUGAAGAACGGCCCCAGCACCAACCUGGCCACCGUUCAGUCCAUCGCAACUGGCCAGAGUGGUACUUCCUUUGUCUGGACCCCUCCUACUACUCUCCCCUCCGACCAGUACGCCAUCGAGAUCUCCGACGGCACUGGCACUCCCAACUACUCUGAGCAGUUCAGCCUGGCCACCGACGUCAGCGCCUCUGCUUCUGCCUCCGCCUCCGCCACUGCCUCCGCCUCUGCCUCUGCCGCCACUUCGGCCUCUGGCACCACCACUGCUUCUCCUUCCAUCACCUCUUCCGGCUCCAGCUCUUCCGCCUCUGCCGAGAGCAGCUCUGCUGUCUCGUCGGCUGCUAACUCCACGGCCACGACUGUCUCUACCAGCACCACCCAUGCCAGCACUCGUCACAGCUCUACCAGCGAGCCCACCACUGCUCCCACUACUGUCCCCGGCAGCGACUCUGUUCGCCUCGGUUCCCCCAUUGCCCUCAUCGGUCUGACCGUCGCGGCCAUGCUCUACUUCCAGUAAGCGCAUGCUUAUGAAGUGAGGGCAUCGGGAUUGAUCUAGAGUCCUAUGACUGGUAUAUGAUGCGAACCACGGUUUAUAAUACAGUAAUGCGUUCCAAGAACAACUGGGAUUAGGCGUUGGAUUUGAAUUGAAGCAAAGGUCGAGUAGCAAAAAGCUACCUAAGGCACAGAACAAAUUAAAUUGUGGGCGGACGGCGUGCGACUUAGGUGUGACCUAGUUAGUUACCCGGGUCUGUAUACAAAAAUCAACUUGCAAAAUCAAAGGGUUUUGUUGCCUUUAUCAAUCUUUUUAAUGAA